AUGGGAUUCCUCAAAGUUGGAACACCAUUAAGUUGGGAGGAAGUGGAGAAAGUAAAAUCUCUAAUCAGGUUAUAUGGCAUACUACAGUUUGUUCAUACGUACAAAUGCAACAAAGACCGAGUGGACGAGAACAUUAUGUUUGGGGACGAAAUAGAAUACAUCGUUAUUCGAAAUGAUGAGAAUAUUGAAGAAUCUUCUGCUCUCUUAUGUGCAACAGAUUUAAUUGAUGAAAUGAUGAACUUAGAAAGUGUCACCUAUUGUCAAUAUGGAUCUCAUUGGACUCCAGAAUAUUCCUCUUUCACCAUUGAAGGAACACCUUCCGUUCCGUUCAAAUUUGAUAUAAAUUCAUCACCCUUUGUUGAAGAUUCCAUGCGCAUAAGGAGAAUGAAAUUGAACAAUGUCCUUAGUGCCAUUACGGGAGUGCGGGCCAUCACUUUGCCAUGCUUCCCAAACGCGCUCCUAGAGAAUAGCCUUCUUAUGGCCAAAAGGAUUACCCAAGAAACGGGUAAGAGGAAGGGGGACAGGGGGAGAGGUGUUGUUUCAGGUGGAGACACCUUGGACAUGCCAGGAAGCGAACAUGUUAAACACAAACUAGCGGAAAAGGAACAGGCAGAGCUGGUCAGACAGGUCAUCACGCAGGGAGAAUACAAAAUUACUCUCAACGAUAGCACCCAGACUUAUGCGGACGAGGGGAAGUCGACCCAGUUUGUAAACUCGGAUGUGAUUGCCACAAAGAAUGAGGACUCGUUAAUGCAGGAAAUGUGCGGGGACGACGUGGGCAGCGCGGACCAGGCGGAUCAGCCAGAUCAAGCUGACCAACCGGACCAAUCGAAUGAAUCAUACCAAAUGAAUCAGGCGACCCCACCGAACCAACCCAUCUUCAUCAACGAGACCAAGGAAAGCCUGCUCUUCGAAUGCGACCUGUUCAAACCUGAGCAGACAAACAAUAAUAGCAACAGCUGCCUCAUCACCGACAUGGUGAUCAGUCCGCAUGCCAGGUACGUCACUCUAACUAAGAACAUAAGAAAACGCAGGGGGACGAAAGUCAUUUCAUUUAACGAAAUAUACAAAGAUGAGAACACGGAGAAGAUGCCCAGGUGGAAACACUCACUGGACAAAACGGAUAAGAGACUUUUUAAAAAAAUAAAAAAAAAGUACGUCCUCGAUGAGCACUUGAUUUGGAACAAGUCUAUGACGAACAGAAAAAGAGUAGAACCUGUUGGCUCGAAUUUUCUUCCCAAGGAAGUAGAAGCGUCCGAAGUGCGUGCCUGUAGGGAGGAGGACGCUCUGCCCGCUCCAGACAAUCUGAUCGAUCAAGUGAUAAAAAAUAGCUUAUUCAGUAACCUGGACGACGAGAAGGAUCACAUUUACGUAUACGACCGGAAGUUUAUUCAGGAGUAUUCAGAAAAGUGCAAGAACCCAAUUAAGAAUUAUGUGUACCUAGACGCCAUGUUUUUCGGAAUGAGUAUGUGUUGUCAGCAGGUUACCAUGUCCUUUCCAAGCAUAGAUGACGCGAAGUAUUUAUAUGACCAGCUAGCUGUUAUCGCUCCCUUAUUCUUAGCCCUAACAGCCUCAACCCCUUAUUUAGGAGGCUUUCUCACAGAAACGGAUACUCGAUGGAGAGUCAUAUCAAAUUCUGUUGAUUGCAGAACAGAAGAGGAACUGGCAUAUAUUUCCAAGCCAAGAUAUUCAGGCAUAUCUUUAUACAUAUCGAAUGAGUUACCACUGAGGAAGAAUUACCACUUUUAUAACGACAUAGAUGUGGUGCUGGAUAAGAAUGUGUAUGAUAAAUUGGUGAAGGAAAAUGUGGAUGAUUUUUUAGCUAGACAUGUUGCCUCUCUUUUUGUUAGGGACCCCAUCGUGGUCUUUGAGGGGUCCUACAGUGAGAAGGAUAUACAGUCGAUUGAGGAGAGGAUGAGUAGGUUUGGUGGUCGAAUGGGUGUAGAGGAGUCUUCCCCCACGGAUAAGGGUGCCCUGCCCGGAAGAAAUUCCGCCACUCCUCUCUCCAGUAGGGUGAACAGUAACCCCAUCAACGGCGUGUACCUGAGCGACGACUUCACCUUUUUGGAGGACUACGAAGAGACGGUAUUAUCCUCCCAUCAGCACUUUGAGAAUUUCCAAAGCACCAACUGGAACAGCGUGCGAUUUAAGCCGCCACCCAUCCAGAACAACCACUGCAAUGGGCCAAGUUCCAUAGGAUGGAGAGUAGAAUUUCGUACACCAGAUGUUCAGAUCACCGACUUUGAAAAUGCAUCUGUCGUUACCCUCAUCAUGGUAUUAUCUAAAUUUAUCCUAAAGGAAAAAUUGAACCUUUACAUUCCCAUGUCGAUGCUGGAGGAAAAUCUGUUCCGUUCUGCUAACAGAGAUGCCAUCUUUAAGGAAAAAUUUUACUUCAGAAAAGAUUUAUCUUAUGACACGGAUGAUAAUCAAGUGGAGGAAAAGACUUUGUAUGAUAUUUUUUUUAACGACCACAAUGGUAUUUUUUUUCUUUGCUCCAAGUACAUUGAGGAACAGUUCCGUGAAGGACAACUUUCCCAUGCAGCUAAAAACAAAAUAGAUGAGUACAUUGAAUUUGUAAAGCUUAGAUGUGCAGGGAAAAUAUGCACAGGUGCUGCUUACUUGAGAAAUUUUAUUUUGAAUCACCCAGCGUAUGAAAAGGAUUCAUACAUAAAUAGCAGAAUUAAUUAUGACAUUUGCAAGCUCAUUGCGGAUAUAGGGAAGGGACUUAUAAUUCCACAGGAACUGCUUGGCGUGUUUGUGGACCCUUACAAGGAAAGAAUAAAGAGUGAUUUGCGACAAAUUAAUGAAAGCCAGUAUGUGAAGAGCUUGGCUUAUAAGUUCAUUUCCGGGGAGGACUACACACAAUACCUGUUGCUGAGUGAGGCCAUUAAGGACGGCCAGGAUUACUACACCUGUACACGGCGCACCAAUUAUGAGGAGUCCAUGGAAAACAACACGCUGGAGUUUGGGAAGAAGCUCUACCAGCUCAGCGCCUAG